AUGUUCACCUUCACACCCUUACUAGGGGCCCAGAGCAAUUCCCGAGCUCUGCAGUCUAUACUCGAGCUCGAUGGAGGAGUCAAAAUUCUGGUCGAUGUCGGCUGGGACGAGCGGUUUGAUACUCGACAGCUAGCUGAAAUAGAAAAGCAUGCAUCGACACUCUCUUUCAUUCUUCUCACUCAUGCCACAACUUCUCAUAUCGGUGCAUUUGCACAUUGCUGCAAGCAUAUCCCCAUCUUCUCCCAGAUUCCUGUCUACGCCACUCCGCCAGUGAUUGCCUUCGGCCGCACCCUCCUACAGGACCUCUACUCCUCGAGUCCCGUUGCUGCCACCUUUAUCCCCGGUUCAGGCUCCCCGGAAGACGAUUCCAGCGUCGAUGACAAGUCCCGGUCGAACAUUCUGCGGCAGGCUCCAACAUUCGAAGAGAUCAACAAAUAUUUCACUCUCAUUACGCCUCUGAAGUACUCCCAGCCUCAUCAGCCCACGCCGUCACACUUCUCUGCACCCGUCGAUGGGCUCACCUUGACUGCGUACAAUUCUGGACACACACUAGGUGGAACAAUUUGGCAUAUACAAUAUGGAAUGGAAUCGAUCGUAUAUGCGGUGGACUGGAAUCAAGCGAGAGAAAAUGUGAUAGCUGGAGCUGCAUGGUUUGGAGGGGUGGGAGGCGCCGAGGUGAUCGAACAACUACGCAAGCCUACUGCUCUCGUCUGCAGUAGUGUGGGUGCGGCUCGCCUGGCGCUGUCGGGUGGCCGAAAAGCUAGAGAUGAAGCCCUGCUGUCCCACAUCAGAAGCAGCAUCGCGAAGGGGGGCACUGUCCUGAUUCCGACCGAUUCGAGCGCGCGAGUACUUGAGCUGGCCUGGAUCCUGGAGAAGGCGUGGUCAGAUCCCUCGAAUAUCUCCUCAUUGAGAAGUGCCAAGAUGUACAUGGCCAGCAGGUCUGGCAAUGCCACUCUACGACAUGCGAGGAGUCUGCUGGAGUGGAUGGACGACAGCAUAGUCCGAGAAUUUGAAGGUGAUGAUGAGAACCCUGUGCAGACCCACAAAAGAAGUGGUAGUAAGCAAGUCAAUGGAGCAACAAAGCCAUCGAGGCCCUUCGAAUUCCAGAACGUCAAGGUAGUCGAGCGAAAGAGUCAAUUCGAGAAGCUGGUCAAGACUGAGGGUCCGCGAGUCAUCAUUGCAAGCGACCUGACGCUCGAUUGGGGCUUCUCCAGAUCCAUCCUUGAGCAUAUGGCCCAGAGACCGGAGAAUCUAGUCAUUCUUACGGAACGAGUCGAUGUUAGACCUGGUUCACACAGUCCAAGUCAAGUCUUCUGGACGUGGUUCGAGCAACGUCAGGAUGGAGUUGCUCUCGAGAAGACGGGCACUGGUGAACAAUUGGAGCAAGUUCACAGUGGAGGAAGAACACUCAAGCUCAAGAACGCAGAGAAGGCCAGCCUCAGCACCCAAGAGAGUCAAAGAUAUCAGCAAUAUAUGGCCACUCAGCGACAAAUACAAGACUCUCUUGCUGCCAGCGAAACAAAUCAGCCGGAUGCGGACGAUAAUAUCGACGAUGCAUCAACAUCAUCAUCAGAAGAUGAGUCGGAUGAUGACGAUCAACAGGGUCGUGUGCUGAACGUUUCAGCAGCGCUCGGUCAUGGAGCUAGAAACAAACUGGCACUCAGCGACGAGGACCUUGGUGUCAAUGUUCUGCUCCGCAAGAAGGGCGUGUAUGAUUUUGACGUGCGAAGCAAGAAAGGCAGAAAUGCUGUUUUCCCAUACACGCACACAAGAAGACGGGGCGACGAAUUUGGAGACUUCAUCAAGCCAGAAGAUUUCCUGCGAGAAGAAGAGAAGGAGGAAUUGGAUGGUCUCAAUGAUAACAAAGCUGGAGGCCUCCUAGGCCAGAAGAGAAAAUGGGAGGAGGCGGAUAACGCGAAGGACAAGCAGCAGAAACGACACCGAGGAAACGUCUCUGGCACCAAUGCUGGGCAAGAAUCUGGGGACGAAUCAGACUCGGAUGGUUCAGACGCCGAGCUUCCCAUGGAUACAGAGGGAGUCCAAGGUCCUGCCAAAAUUGUGUAUACGACAACCGAAAUCACCGUUAAUGCUCGACUGGCAUACGUUGAUUUUGCUGGUUUACACGAUCAGCGCAGUUUGCAGAUGCUGAUACCGCUUAUCGGGCCCAAGAAACUCAUUCUCAUUGGCGGCAACUCCUCAGAGACAAGCUUCCUCGCAUCCGAUUGUAAGGAGCUCCUGGGCAUGAAGGUCGCUGGAGCAGAAAAUGAAGCAUCGGCCGAAAUCUUCGCACCUCUUGUGGGUCAAACGGUCGAUGCAAGUGUCGAUACCAACGCUUGGGUCGUCAAGCUGAGCCGAGAGCUUGCGAAAACACUGCAGUGGCAGAAUGUUAAGAACAUGGGCGUUGUCACGAUACAAGGUCAACUUAAGGGCGAGGCAGACCAUAAUCUGGAUAUUCAGGACGAUCCGCAGACCAAGAAGCAGAAAUUGGACACAGAGUCGUCUCUUCAGACCGAUCCUCAGCCCACUCUAGCUGUUCAGCCAGUGCUUGAUGUCUUGCCUGCGCACUUGGCUGCCUCGACGCGAUCCGUUUCCCACGCCAUUCAUGUGGGUGACCUUCGACUUGCUGAUUUGCGAAGGAUUGUGGCCAUGGACGGCCAUGUUGCGGAAUUUCGAGGCGAAGGAACAUUGCUUGUGGAUGGGAUGAUAGCAGUGAAGAAACUCAGCAGCGGAAGAAUCAUUGUGGAGGGCGUGCCAAACGGUGCCACAACCGUGACUCCAACCACAGCAGACAACUUCACCAGAGUGAAGCAGAAAAUCUAUGCUGGGCUGGCUGUCGUUGCGGCUGGCUAG